UUGGUACCAUGAUGUGAGCCUUUGGAGCUUUUGGUGCUGCUCUCUCUGUUCCUCCACUCUUCUUCUUUUGAUAAAUAUGAACAGUUUCCAGUUCGAGAUCCAUUCUGCUGAUGUGGUAUGCAUCAUGUGGUUUUUUCUUCGUAAGAGAUUAAGAUGUCAGAAGUACGAUACAUUUAUGGAGCACGUGCAGAUCAGGCUUGUGGAAUUCGCUGGUUUUGUGUUUGUGCCAUUCUUAAUUAUUUGCUUGAAGUGGAAUAUUAGAAGUAAGAUAGCUGAUUCGUGCAGCUCUGUUUCUUUAAAAAUGACGACCUCCCCAUGGUUACUGCAGAAAGCGUUAAAGCUGGUCCAAUCUAUUGCUCUUUCCUUAUGCGCAUUUCGCUGCAUGGAAUUGUAAUCACUGGUACAUCCUUUAUAACUUCUUGGUAUGCCCAAGGAUUAACUAAUUAUUAUUUGGAAGGAUGUAAUUUCUUAACUGCCGCAAUUUGUACUCCUAAUAGUUUAAGAACAAUCGUUGCUGUUAUUAUGGAGUCCUGAAGAAGGAAAUUUUACUAGUUUGUGUCGAUUGGGUGGUCUGUGGACUUUUGUUAUUGAGCUUUAUUAGGUCAUGAAAUGUUGAGAUUUUUUUUACCUUUUAAAAAUAGAUUUUAUAUUGGAUAAAAUUGUAAUUUAAGUAUUUGUUUUAUAUCUAUAAAAGAUGAGAUUAAUUGGA